AUGUCGACAGCGAGGCUAGAUCUACUAUAUCUCUAUACAAAACACCUUGCAGAUGGCUGCUUCAAUGGUAGUGAGCCGUGGACGAAAACAAGAUUCCUAGAACAUCGGACAAAUCUUACACAGCUUGCACUUCUAGCUGCUAUCAUCUUCUCUCUCACAUAUGUCCUCGUACACUUUCCCACCUACAAUGACGGCCUCCCAGUCGUCAAUCGCCGCUUCUUUCUCGAACCUCGAAUUUUUGCUCGGAUACGGUGGGCCAUAAAGGCGAGGGACAUACUGGAGAUUGCAAACCAAAAGUAUGAAGGCCGUGCGUAUCGUCUUGACCGCGGGGACACCGAUUUGGUUGUGCUUCCACCCCAAUUCAUCACGGAACUCAAUGGGCUGCCUCAGGACAUGAUGAGCUCCAGGAGAUCCCAUGCAUCGACACUACUCGGACGUCUGAAUGGGAUGGACGUGGUGCUCAAGACCAAUCUCCAUGUUAAGGUGCUACUCAACCGAAUUACUCCAGCUCUUCCUGGGCUCCUUGAGCCCUCCCGGACUCGUAUCGAGGAGACGUUGGCAAGGCUGUUCCCACAGCAAAGUGACACAUGGACUGCUGUCAAGCCAGUCGACAAGAUAGUCCUUUGUAUCAGUCGAAGUAUAACUCUCGCUACCUUAGGCGAACCCACCUGUGAUGACCCAGAACUUGUUCAUACGUUCAUGGAGCAUACGAGAAACGUCUUCUCCGUAGCCUUCACAAUGCGACUGGUACCGUGGUUCCUACAACCAUUCCUUGUCUGGCUUCUUCCAGCUAAAUGGCGACUACGACAAACAUGGCGAACCUUGGAGCGUUUCGUAUACCCAGAAGUAGUGCGACGUCGAAUGGAUGAGGGAUGUGAAGGACGCAUUGACCUGAUCUCGUCCAUGAUAAGAGAAGCAAAAGAUAAGCGGGACGCUGAUCCUCAACUGGUGAAGGGCAUUAUAGGAUCUACCGCAGCUGGAGCUACCUACAGUUCAGCAGCUCUGAUCGUCGGUGUUGUGGCAGAUCUGGUCGCUUGCCCACGUUUUCUUGAGGAGAUUCGCGAGGAGAUUCGCACAAAGCACGAAGAAGUGGACGGGAAGUGGGACAUAGAGGCCUACAACUGCUUGGAAAAGCUAGAUUCGGCGAUGAAAGAAACAGUCAGGCUUGCACCGGGGACGUAUCUAGUCUACGGUCGAGUGAUGCUGAACGAUCAUACCCUCUCUGACGGCCUCACACUCAAAAAAGGACAAUUCAUCUGCGUCUCGGGAUACUCCAGGGCAAUGGAUGAUCAUAUUUUUCCCAACCCAAAAGACUACGACGCUCUUCGGGCUUACAAUCAAAGUCUACCGGAUCACCGCGCUCGACCAUUUUCGAGUGUUCUCGCGGACGACUACCGAUGGGGAGCUGGGAGAUGGGCGUGUCCAGGCCGGUACAUCGCAACCUUGAUGGCGAAGAUCAUCCUUGUGAAGCUUCUUGAUGAGUAUGACUUCCAGUUCGUCGACCAAAAACGUCCAUCCAAUGCCUUGCUGCACGAAUUCGUGUUCUUCCAUCCAAAUACCGAAAUAAUGAUGCGACGCAAAAAGGUACUUCAAAAAGCCUUCGAUAAAGUAUUCAAGGCUGCGAAUGAAUAUCAAUAUCCUAAAGUAUGCAAUAAGAAGGGGCCAGGUGGCAUGGAAGGUCUUAGGGUAGGGGUACGUACUGGUACAGCAGGUGGGGCAGGUCAGAAACUGCCUGUCCUUCAUCUGCACACCUCUCAGGGAAUCAAGAUGGUUAGCAUUGUUCUGACAGGCUUGUUGGGGCUAGCCAUCCUGGGGACAUACUUGAAGGUCUCGAAAUGGAGGCAGAAUUACUCUGUAGCCUCCAAGACCGGGUUUCCCGUAUUCUACUCCCCCAUCUAUCUCUCUGAUGCAUGGUGGAUGAUCUGCUAUCCGGUCCUUGUCCCCAUCCUCGAGCUUCUGCCCCGCGCGUGGGUGAGCCCAUGGUCACAAAUUUCUCAGAUCUGGAAGAUAUGGAAAACUGGCCAUCAACCAUAUAAAGACGCUGGCAGCGAUACGUUUGUCCUGGCGACACCCAAUGGCAACAUGCUCUGGACUUGCGACAAUGCAGUAAUUGAUCAGCUUUUUACAUUGCACCCGAAGGUUGAGCAGCCAAUAGAGCUCGUUAAGUUCUAUGAUCUUUGGGGACCAACCAUUAGUUCCGUGUCCGGGGAGGAAUGGAAGGCUCACAGGAGGGCAGUCAGUGCUGGAUUCGGCAACGCGAUGAAUAAGAUUGUCUGGGACGAGGCUCAACAUCAGAUGGAGACACUUGCCGCCUACUGGAUCGAAAAAGAAGGAUCAGUCAUCCCUGUUAUCCGGUCUUGGACCUCAAGGCUGGCUCUUCAUGUGAUCUCGAGCGGCUUCUUCAACAAAAGGCUGGAGUGGGAGGAUUAUGGAUCCACAACCGCAGUACCAUCCGGACACAAGUUGACGUUUGGCACAGCUUUAUUCAUGAUGCUCAGUCGUCUGGCAACCGUUUUCAUGACCCCGCGAGCGCUGCUUGGCAAGCUUCCGGGCCAGAUGUUCAAGGAAGCGCAUGCAAGCUUUACCGAAGUGACCAAAUACAUCCAGGAGCUCCGUUCGGGAGCCGCUGAGAACAUGGUUGAGCUUGCAGGCAAGAGGAACAAAACAAUUCUUGAGGCUAUUGUAAUUUCUGCGGCGGAUCCAGAAAUUACAGGCAAGAAACCUCUUCCCGAAGAAAGUGUGCUGGGAAAUAUCUUCUUCACUCUGCUCGCCGGGCACGAAACAUUGGGAAGCACCAUGGGAUUCAUCUUCGUGUUAAUAACGCUCUAUCCAGAGUAUCAAAAACGAAUUCAGGAAGACUUGGAUAGACAUCUCGGCCUACGUCCAAAGAGCGAUUGGACGGUUGAAAAGGACUAUCAAGCGCUUCAGAAAGGCUAUAUCGGCGCAGUGCAGAAGGAAGUGCUUUACAUCUACAACCCUGGCUCGUUCCUCAUGCGGACGACCAUCGAGCCCGUUACCGUUGUUGACUCAAAGGGCCAAUCUCAUGUGGUCCCGGAGAACACUCUGACUCUCAUCAACAAUGCAGCCGCCGCCCGUAAUCCGGCGACGUGGAAGAAACCGCAAGUGGCGCCCGCAAGACGUGCUGCACUGUCUGACUCGCCGGCUCUAUAUUUCAACCCAGAAAGAUGGUUAGGUACAGAUGACAGGCCUGACGAUGUCAAGGGUGGCCUCCCAGCGUGGCACGCGUUUGGCGCCGGCGGACGAGCCUGUCCUGGAAGAACUUUCGCGCAGAUUGAGCUGACGUCCGUCAUGGCAACGCUUUUGAAAGACUACUCGUUAGAACUGAUCGUAGAUGAGAAGACAUUGAGAGAAUGCGGAGGUGAUAAAAAAUUAGCGUGGGAGAGGAAGAGGGACAUUGGAAUCAAGAUGAUGUAUGACGAUAUCGAGGCUAACAUCAGCAUCGGUCUCAUGAAGGAGCUUCCAAUCCGGGUCAUCAAGCGAAAGCUCUGA